AUGGCUUUCUUUUACACCAUUGCCCUCGGCAUCGGCUAUAUGCUCUGCAUCGCGAUACCUUAUUUCAUUCUCCGAUCAACGUAUUAUCUCGGCUUGCACCCUCUCAGAGAUUACAAUGGCCCCUUCCUGGCGAAAAUAUCCGACUCGUAUGCCGGGUCCUUCGUUCUUCGCAGACGUCUUCCUCUAGUCACGCACGACGAUCACAAACAUUAUGGAAGCGUCAUGCGAUAUGGCCCUAAUCGCCUGGUUUUCAACUCUGUGACGGCUAUCCGUGAUAUAUAUCAGAACCCAAGGACCACCAAAUCGCACUUGUAUUUAUUCUCAACCAACAAGGGCGUGCCCUUUAUCUUCAAUACUCUGGACCGAAGCGGACAUGCCCGCAAGCGCAAGAUUAUUGGCCCCGCGUUGUCGGAACGAUCAAUGAGAAUGUUCGAGCCUAUCAUGUCCUCACAGGUUGAUGUCUUCUUGAAGUAUCUUCUCAAGAGCGGCUCAAACCUUGUUGAUGUCUCGGAGCGCUUCAGGCGACUUGCCAUGGACAUUGUUGUGCAUUUGGCCUACGGCUAUCCGCUGGACCUGCAACUCCAUGAUGAGCAUUACUUCAUUUUGAAGUCCAUUUCGCUCGCCAAUUGGAAGAUCAACUCAUUCAUGAAUUGGCCGCUUCUGUCAAAAAUGGGAAUCCAAUACCUAUUGGACAAGAGCCCGGUCCGCAAACAGUGGAAGAAUGUGAUCGAGAAGAUGAUCCAGACACGCGUUGAACAGGAUUCCCCAGAGCGUCGGGACUUUUAUUCCUUUGUUCUGCAAAAUCUUGAUGCGGAGACUGCGGAUUUCCGCCAAAGUGAGCUAUUUUCGGAAAGUCUUUUCUUCAUAUCGGCAGGUGGUGAUACUGUUUCGACGGCCAUGGCAGGAACUUUUUUCUACCUGGCACGAAACAAAAGAUGCUACGACAAGCUCGCAGAGGAGAUUCGCGGCAAAUUCAAGACAGGAGGUGACAUUCAUGGGGGUCAACAGCUUUCAAGCUGUUUGUAUUUGCGUGCCUGCAUCAAUGAGACUCUGCGCAUGUCGCCUCCUGUCGGUGGGACACUGUGGCGUGAAGCUGCAGAGGCGACUGAAAAGGAGCCUUUUGUUGUCGAUGGCCAUAUCAUCCCACCCGGAACCCACGUUGGAGUCAAUACUUACUCGAUCCACCACAAUGAAGAGUAUUUCCCUGACCCAUUUACCUUUACCCCAGAGCGCUGGUUGGAGACUGCAGAAAACGACGCUGAAUACUCGGCUGGCACGUCGACACAAUAUAGGGCGUUUGUACCCUUCUCGGUUGGCAUGCGAUCGUGUGCGGGAAAGCCAAUGGCGUAUCUUGAGACCAGCCUAAUUCUAGCAAAAACACUGUGGUACUUUGAUUUUGAGAGGUGCGAGGGAAGCCUCGGUGAUGUUGGAGGUGGGAAAAAGGGUGCGCCGGGUGGUAGGGGAAGAGUGGACGAAUUCCAACUCUACGACGUUAUCACUUCACGUCAUGACGGCCCUUGGUUGAAAUUCACGCCUCGGGGAAACUAUUUUGAGGACCUUUUUUGA